GUCGAAACUACGCCACAAGCAUUGACUAAUGGUAUAUUUGUUUAUUAAUAACAAUCGACUCUUAGACUAGUUUAGCUUCUUCUUUUUCUAAAAUAAGUAUUUCUUUUCCCCUCGACACUUUCAUCUGCAAAAGGCGUUUAACAUUCUUAUCCAUUGAGCGAUCUAGUAUAUAACAACAAGUCUCUGUUUUGUUUUGUUUUGUUUUGUUUUGUUCUGUUCUGUUCUGUUCUGUUCUGUUCUGUUCUUGAAAUGAAUGUGUUUUGUUAUCUAGUUACGUCGAAUUCGUUUCAACCUUUGGAGACGGUCGAGAAAUUGCAAAAGGAGUUGUUGUAAGUGUGUGAAAUAUAUGCAUGUUUGCUGAGAGUUUUGGUCGCGUAGUUUUACUGUUUGACUCUACCAUACACCGCACGUUUUCAGCGCUAGUUUUCUGAACAAAUAAUGCUAACAAAUAAUGGAUGUCCCUUAAUGGACCUCGGACAAGGGCAGUUCAGAACUGAUACAGCUAUCCAGUAUAAAUACUGUUAGUUUAGUUUAGCUUUCCUCCUGUAAUUACACUGGAUCAAUGCAAGAACAGUGUAGAACUGAUAGAGCUAUCCGGUAUAAAUAAAGUUAGUUUAGGUUCCCUCCUGUACUGACACUGGAUCAAUAAGGGACGACCCUUACCGGACUUCUAGGAAGAACACUUUAGAACUGAUAGAGCUAUCCAGUAUUAAUAAAGUUAGUUUAGUUUAGGUUUUCUCCUGUAGUAACACUGGGUCAAUAAGAGAUGAUUCUUACUGGACCUCUAGGAAGAACAGUUUAAAACUGAUAGAACUAUCCAGUAUAAAUAAAAUUAUUUUAGUUUAGGUUUCCUUCUGUAGUAACACUGGAUCAAUAAGAGAUGAUCCUUACUGGACCUCUAGGGAGAACAGUUUAGAACUGUAGAGCUAUCCAGUGUAAAUAUAGUUAGUUUAGUUCCGUGAGUAGUAUUUUUUUAAAUGUAUUUCCUCCUUCAACAGAGAAGCGGAAGAGAGAGCUCAACAUGCGGAACAGCGUGCAUUGGAUGCUGAAAACGAGCUAAAGGUUGCGUUGGAAAAAAUACGUGGUCUCGAACGAGCUGCCUCGCGUCCAGCUAGUGCCCAGUCUACAGAAAUCACGACCAAACCCACGUCCUGGCAGGCGAGCACGGAAGUGACGCCACAGACACUAUCAACACCUUCGCCGCGGGCGUCGUCGAGGCAACCGCUAUCCCGUGUUUCUUCGAGGUCGUCAUCUGCUCGUAGGAAAAAGUAG